UCUUCCAUUUCAAACAAGAAGUCGUACAACACUCUCUGCGAUCACUCAGAGAUAGAGAGGGAGACUGGAAGAUUGAGGUUUCGAGGCGUUUAGUUGAUGGAAUAAUUGUUGUCUGAUUGAGUGUUGAGUGCGAAAUUAGCGUAAUUCUGAUAGUCUGACGCGAUGGGUGAGCGACUUGUCGGCUCGGAGAUUCAUGGAUUCCAUACUUUGAGAGAUUUGGAUGUUGGGACCAUGAUGGAGGAAGCAAAAACGAGAUGGCUACGCCCAAAUGAAAUUCAUGCUAUAUUAUGUAAUAGCAAGCAUUUCAGCAUCAAUGCCAAGCCAGUGAACUUGCCGAAAAGUGGCACUGUUGUAUUGUUUGACCGGAAGAUGCUUAGGAAUUUCCGGAAAGAUGGUCAUAACUGGAAGAAGAAAAAGGAUGGGAAGACUGUUAAAGAGGCUCAUGAGCACCUAAAAGUUGGUAAUGAAGAGAGGAUUCAUGUAUACUAUGCACAUGGUGAAGAUAGCCCAACCUUCGUUCGCAGAUGUUAUUGGCUACUUGAUAAGAGUCUGGAAAACAUAGUCCUUGUUCAUUAUCGGGAAACUCAGGAGGGUUCUCCAGCCACCCCACCGAAUUCACACUCUAGCUCAGUUUCAGACCAGUCUGCUCCAUGGCGUUUACCUGAAGAAUUUGAUUCUGGAGCUGGUCGUGCAUAUUAUGCUGGGGAGAAAGAACUAGCUGAGCAAAAUGACAAUCUAACUGUCCAAAAUCAUGAAUUGAGACUUCUUGAAAUCAAUACACUUGAAUGGGAUGAUCUUGUGGUGGCAAAUGAUUCCAAUAAUUCAACUGUAACCAGUGGAGGCAAGGUUUCAUACUUAGGCCAACAAAAUCACUCUGCAAUAAGUGGGGGCGUGAGUAAUGGCGGCUCUGUUCCAGCCCAUGAUCUGUUUGCAGAAGUUUCUUCUGUUGGUAAUCUAACUCAGCCAAUUACUAGGAGUGACAAUGCUCAUUUCAAUAUUCUGGAAGGAGUUUAUGGUCAAACUAUGGGGAGUCAGGUGAAUUUAGACAUAGAGAGAAAGGAUUUUACGGUGUGCACUAGUGAUACGCUGGACAUUUUGGCCAGUCAUGGUUUGCAGAGUCAGGACAGUUUUGGAAAAUGGAUGAACCAUAUCAUUACUGACUCUCCGGGUUCAGUGGAUGACCCUCUUCAAUCAUCAAUUUUAUCUGUGGAUGACCCUCUUCAAUCAUCAAUUUUAUCUGGUGAUCAGCAAUACACUGUUUAUGAUCACAUCUUUAACAUAACAGAUGUUGCACCCGCAUGGGCCUUUUCAACUGAAAAGACCAAGAUUCUAAUUACUGGAUUCUUUCACGAGGAAUAUUUACAUCUUGCCAAGUCCAAUUUGUUAUGUGUCUGUGGUGAUGUAUGUCUGCCUGCAGAUGUUGUUCAGGUUGGGGUGUACCGCUGUUUGGUAUCACCACAUUCUCCUGGAUUAGUAAACCUUUAUAUGAGUAUUGAUGGCCAUAAACCUAUCAGCCAAAUUCUUAAUUUUGAGUAUCGUGCUCCUUUAGUGCAUGAGCCGGUGGUUUUGUCAGAAGACAAGGCUAAGUGGGAAGAGUUUCAACUUCAGACAAGGCUUGCUUGUCUUCUUUUCUCUACAUCCAAGGGCCCUAACAUUUUAUCUGGUAAAGUGUCACCAAAUGCCCUGACAGAGGCUAAGAAGUUUAUUCUGAAAACCUCUCAUAUUUGCAAUAGUUGGGCAUAUUUGAACAAGUUAAUUGGAAAAAAUACGACUUCAGUUCCAGAAGUGAAAGACAGUUUGUUUGAACUCACUUUGAAGAACAAGUUAAAAGAAUGGCUUGUAGAAAAAAUAGUUGAAGGAUGUAAAGCCACUGAAUAUGAUAGUCAAGGUCAAGGAGUAAUACAUUUGUGUGCUAUUCUUGGAUACACAUGGGCUAUUCAUCUAUUUUCAUGGUCAGGCUUAUCAUUGGAUUUUCGAGAUAAAUAUGGGUGGACAGCUCUUCAUUGGGCUGCAUAUUGUGGAAGGGAGCAAAUGGUUGCAACUCUUUUAUCAGUUGGGGCAAAGCCAAACUUAGUCACAGACCCCACCUCAGAAAAUCCUGGUGGAUGCACUGUUGCAGAUCUCGCAUCUAAGCGGGGUUAUGAGGGCUUAGCAGCUUAUGUUUCAGAAAAGGCUUUAGUAGCGCAGUUCAAUGAUAUGACCAUAGCUGGAAAUAUUAGUGGAACACUGCCAACAGGCACAACUGAGGUUGUAAAUACUCAGAACCUCACUGAGGAUGAGCUUAAUCUGAAGGAUACUUUGACAGCUUACCGGAAUGCUGCUUCAGCAGCAGCACGUAUUCAAGCUGCAUUCAGGGAGCACUCCCUAAAAGUACAGACUAAAGCAAUUCAGUUUUCCAAUCCUGAGGAUGAAGCACAAAGUAUAAUUGCUGCAAUGAAGAUUCAGCAUGCAUAUCGCAACUUUGAUACACGGAAAAAAAUGGCAGCUGCUGUCCACAUCCAACAUAGGUUCCGUUCAUGGAAAAUUCGUAAAGAUUUUCUUAAUAAGCGUCGUCAAGCUAUCAAAAUUCAAGCUGCCUUCCGAGGCUUCCAAGUAAGGAAGCAGUAUCGUAAGAUUCUCUGGUCAGUUGGGGUGCUUGAGAAAGCAAUUCUGCGCUGGCGAUUAAAAAGAAAAGGUUUCCGUGGUUUUCAAGUUGACCCUGGUGCCGAAGCAGUUGAGGAUCAGAAGCAAGAUAGUGAUGUAGAGGAGGACUUCUAUAGAGCCAGCCGUAAACAAGCUGAAGAGCGUGUUGAGAGAUCAGUUGUACGGGUUCAAGCCAUGUUUCGGUCAAAGAAAGCACAAGAAGAUUAUAGGAGGAUGAAGAUGGCACAUGAUCAAGCAAGGCUGGAAUACGAAGGGUUACUUCACCCAGAGGUUGAAAUGGACACUUGAAGAGGACGAGAAGCGGGUUUCAUUGACGUUUGGAAGCUUGGAAAUCUGACAUAUUCGAGGACACUUUUGGACCAUAAAUGACUCGGUGAAGAAGUUAAGUGUAUUCAACCUGUACAUUUGUAAAUGCCUGUAGGUUAAGUGUGCACUCUUGUUGGCCCUUUCAACUGUUUUAAGAUUUUUGAAAGGGUCAUAAUUUCAGUCUCGUGUAAUCCAGUCUUUCCUGGCUUUUGCGUUUGGAUACUCUUUGUUAUUGACACCAUUUCAAGAUCUAGGCUCUAAGUUCAUGGAUGGAAACUGAAUUUAGGUAGUAUUUCUCAUAGCAUUGUAUAAUGCAAUAUUCUGUCUAAAUAAUGAAUACGGGGUCUGUACUUCA